AUGAUCGUCGUUGUUCCAAAUUUGAUGGGUAUCGCCCUUUUCUCUCCACCUCUGGAUAGGCUAGGCAAUUCAGCACGUGGAGUUGCUUUUUGUCAGAAACUGAUUGAAUCGUUCAAUUUCCACAAUUAUGACAGUCUGCUACAUGCCGACUCGAAGAAACACGAUCCUCGACGGAGGAUUGGCAAUCGCGACACGGAAAUCGUCGUCUCCCUACUUUUUGCUGCCAAAUACGGCGAUUUUGAUGUCGUGCGCAGGAUGUAUCUACAAGGUACUAACCUGGAAAUGGCCGACUACGAUGGACGGACAGCGUUGCACGUGGCUGCAGCCGAAGGACAUAUGCACCUUGUGAAAUUCUUCGUCAACGUCGCUAAAGUGAAUCAUCAGCCACGAGACAGAUGGGGACGAACUCCGCUCGACGACGCUCGCAGCUUCCAUCAUGAGGACGUUGUUCGGUUCCUUCUCAAACAUCAUGCACGUGGUCAUAAAGUCGUUCUCCCAACGACGUUCCAGCCAGUGAAAAUGGAGCCGAGUAUCGACAAAACAUCACUUCCUGCACAAUAUCCAUUCAGUGAAAAAUUCCAUCGUAUUCAGCACGAGCAAGCAUCCUCUAUGCUGACUAAUCAAGCAGAUGAGUCGUCAGGCGAAGAUGAGCUAAGCAGUAGCACUGGAAUGAUGCUCAUCAAUGAAGAUGAAGUCAAGGAAAAAGCCGGUAUUGGUAAUGGACGCGUGCUUUUCAGCAUGUAA